AAAAAAGACAAAAAUAUGGUGUAAUUUAAAAAAAAAAUUAUAAAAAAGAUAAAAAUGUAAUUUAAAUGUUUGAUCAAAUAAAUUUGAUGACACAUCCUCUUGGAACGAGACAAAAACAGUUACAGACCCUUCAAAUAAUUUCUACGUUUCCCUCACAUUUCACAUUUUUUUUCUCAAUUCCGAAAGGUCCCCAUCAAUUCAUGAUAUCCGUAGAACAAGAUGACCACCAUUUACUCUUUCUACUCCCCUAUACAGCCUACCACUGAUUCCUUGGUGAGCUAAUGAACAAAACUUAUGGAAUUCCAAUCAUUCAUAUCAUAUUCUCUUUAUGUAAUGUUGCUUUUUUUCCACCCCUCUCAUGGCGGAUGGUUUAGCAACAAGCAUGAAUCAGUAUUAAAAUUGAAGAGUGAGAUUGUUAGUCCUCUUGGGCUUGAUCCUACUCGUGUCACUCGACUUUCAUGGCAUCCCAGGGCAUUUAUAUACAGGGGAUUUUUAACCCAUGAAGAGUGUGAUCAUCUUAUACAAUUGGCAAAGGAUAAAUUGGAGAAAUCAAUGGUGGCUGAUAAUGAUUCUGGUGAGAGUGUAGCCAGUGAAGUCCGGACUAGUUCUGGCAUGUUUAUUGACAAACAUAAGGAUGAUAUUGUUGCGAGAAUUGAGACAAAAAUUGCUGCCUGGACUUUCCUUCCUGAAGAGAACGGGGAGGACUUGCAGGUUCUUCGAUAUGAGCUUGGUGAAAAAUAUGAACCUCACUUAGAUUACUUUGUUGACAAAGCUAAUCAGGAACAAGGUGGCCACAGAAUUGCCACAGUUCUUAUGUACCUGUCUAAUGUUGAUAAGGGUGGAGAAACUGUCUUUCCACUUCUUGAGGGAAAAUUGCAACAACCCAAAGAUGAUAGCUGGUCUGAUUGUGCUAAAGGUGUCUACGCAGUGAAACCCAGUAAGGGUGAUGCUUUGCUGUUUUUCAGUCUUCUCCCUAAUGCAACUACUGAUCCACUCAGCUUGCAUGGUAGCUGCCCUGUUAUUCAGGGUGAAAAAUGGUCUGCAACAAAGUGGAUUCGUGUUCGGUCUUUUGAAACAUCCAAUGAGGAAGAUGCAUCGUCUGGAGAAUGUGUGGAUAAAAAUGUGUUUUGCUCUUCGUGGGAACGAGAUGGUGAGUGCGAGAAGAACCCUGAGUAUAUGGUUGGCGACAUUAUAAGAAAGGGAGAUUGCAGAAAGAGUUGCAAUGUUUGCUGAGCUUCUUCAAAUGUGGUUCAAUUUUGUUUUUCUAAAGGUAUUUUCUUACGUCCUACGUAGCCGAAAAUAAGCGAAUAAGUACUCGUUCGACUGGAGUUCUGAAAGAGAUACCCUCUAAGGAUAAUCGUGACGUCCAUUUCUGAAUAAAUAUCGUUAUGAUUGGUAAAAAUAACAUUUAAUAUCUUUUGCGGUCUAUGUGCUGGAAAAUAGGCGAAUAUGUACUUGUUUUGACUAAAUUUUCGAAGGAGUUACCCAAUAAGGGUAAUCACGACAUCUAUUUUUGUAAAAAUAUCAUUAUGAUGGGUAAAAACGAAGUUUAAGUGCUAAAACACAAAGGUAGCAUUGGUAAUUAGGGAAGUCAAAGUUGAUUAGGGAUGGUCAACAAAAGUCAAAGGUAAUUAGUAAUGGUCAACGGUUAUUCAUGUUGGUUAAAGGUCAUUUGAGUUGGUCAACAGUCAUUUGACUUCAAUGAUGUAAACUUUGAUUAGAUACUUUAGCGGCUGUAAUUCGCAAAAUAUAAACUUUGAGGUUGUAAUUAGCAAAAGUUCAAAACUUAAAGACUGUAAUUUGUAAAUUAUUCUAAAAGUAAAUAUACCUUACCUUUCAUUUCGAACAAA